ACCAAACCAAGCCAUUUUCUCGCAUGCACAGCGCCAGCCUCAACCGAAUCUAAGCCCAGGCCUUCCUCUCCUCAUUCUGCCGUCACUAUACUAUGGCGACGCCUAUCCAGCCAACUCGAAAAGCCGUGCGUCCAUGGGUGACAAGACUCCCUCGCGAUGAAGAAAAUCCAUUGGAGACGGAGCGGUACUGGUGGCUUGUUCGUACCCCGACGCAAUUCAGUCACCGGUUGACGCCGUCGGCCGGUCAUGGGGCGCUUCCGCCUUCUUCCCGAUCGAGAGUCCAGUGGUCAUCGGUGACUGUGGACAACGAUGCGUUGUCGGGAGCUACGAGUUCGCACCGCGGCUCCUCGUCAUACGAUUCGGUGCGACGAAGCAACAGUGUGGAGAGCACAGCCGGCAGCAGUAUCGAGCCGGCAGAGAAAAAUUCUAUGAAGCUCCUGAUACGCGUCGGAUCAACGAUAAAAGGUCUCCAGAAGGCUUCCACGUACAUACGAGCACCGGCCGUUGCCUGCAUCGUCUUCGUCGGUGCUUUUGCCACUGCGCUGCUUGUGAAAAGUGCUUUCGGAGCUGUUUCGGACGAAGAAGGUGCCGAUCUGGCUUCCGAUCCGCCUCUGCGCCUGCAGCUGCCUUCUAAGCCGCUUCAGCCGGACGACUCCGGCCCCGGUGUGAGAUUUGCUCAUCGCUUGUACAACGCCACUGUCAGGCGACGUAGAUUUGUGCCAACGAGGGCGGCGACCAUAUUUGGUAUGGACGAGCCGAGUGAAACCAAUGGUGAGAAAUCAUGGCUGCGCGACACCAUACUGUGGGACACGCCAAGCAGCAGGGCGUCCGGAACGAGGAACAGAGGCAGAGCAUUCAGUGAAAAUGGUCAUACAAGUGUCACUACUACACGAUCAGGGUUGUCGGGCAAGACCUUCGUCGCCACCACCAUUUCUCAUCCGGGUACCACAGCUACCGCUUCAGAGUCAACUAGCGGUAGCGCAGCGACCCUGCCGACGGGCAGGAUCUUCGCCUCCAGCACCGGUUCGCAUCCGGAUAGCACCAAUGUCGGUUUGGAGUCAACUACUGAGUCGAUGGGUAGAAUUUCCAGCACUGAUUCCUAUCCGGGUAACACUACCCAUACAAAGUCAACGGCCGGCGUGUCACCCACUGUGUCGGUGGAUAGGCACUUGGUCUCCAGUACCGGUUCCUAUCGUGGUAGGAUUAUUAUCGACUCGGAUUCAACGAGCAGCAGCGCAGCGACCUGGUCUACAGGUAGAAUCUUCAUCUCCAGUACCAUUUCCUAUCCAGGAAGCAGGACUAUCGGUCCAGACUCGAUAAGCGGCCAGACAGUGACAGCGCAAAAUACACAAUCGAUAAAGAAAUUUACAGUAGAAUAUUCUACGGAAAAGACUGCCACUGGUAGCCACCUAGCGCAUUCGACAAGCACCUCGUUCGCCGUGAAAUCUACGGGCCAGAGCAGUACCGGAAGUGAAGCGGCCGACUCAAGCACAGCUCCGAGCGGAGCAGCAUCCUCGACCGCUCCACAAGCCGCGUUUGUUGCGGACAGGCGCGCGAAUGGAAGCGGCCUUGCGGAGUUGACACCAGAUACCAGAGGGAACUACAGCGCGUUUGAAACUGCAGCUGCGUCGAUGGCUGUUCGGGAGGUGGACGCACGGUUCGGCGUGUCGGCAGAAAGCAAGCGCAGCUCGUUGGUGGAAGAUGUUGCAAAAAAUGGAACGGCAACACUAUUGAGGGCGCGUCGGCAAUAUCACCACAACGAUGGCGUCAUCUGACAGCACACAGUGGGCGAAUUUCAUCGGAAUAUAUUAAAGCUUUCCCGAUUGAAGUUAC